GGACCCGGCCGUGCAGAUCGCCGGCAACUUCGCGCCGGUCGGCGAGCAGGCGCCGGUGCGGUCGCUGCCGGUGUCGGGCCGCAUCCCGCCGUUCAUCUCGGGCGUGUACGCGCGCAACGGGGCCAACCCCUGCUUCGAGCCGUCGGCGGGGCACCACCUGUUCGACGGCGACGGGAUGGUGCACGCGGUGCGCAUCCGCAACGGCGCGGCCGAGUCGUACGCGUGCCGGUUCACCGAGACGGCCAGGCUCCGGCAGGAGCGCGCGCUGGGGCGGGCCGUGUUCCCCAAGGCCAUCGGCGAGCUGCACGGGCACUCCGGGAUCGCGCGCCUGGCGCUGUUCUACGCGCGCGGGCUGUGCGGGCUCGUCGACCCGUCCCGCGGCACGGGGGUCGCAAACGCCGGCCUCGUCUACUUCAACGGCCGUCUCCUGGCCAUGUCCGAGGACGACCUGCCGUACCAGGUGCGCGUGACGGCCGACGGCGACCUCCGCACCGUCGGCCGCUACGACUUCGGCGGGCAGCUCGCCGGGUGCGGCAGCAUGAUCGCGCACCCCAAGCUUGACCCGGCGUCCGGGGAGCUGUUCGCGCUCAGCUACGACGUGAUCAAGCGGCCCUACCUGAGGUACUUCUACCUGCGGCCCGACGGCGGCAAGUCGGGCGACGUGGAGAUCCCGCUGGAGCAGCCCACCAUGGUGCACGACUUCGCCAUCACGGAGCGGUUCGUGGUGGUGCCCGACCACCAGGUGGUGUUCAAGCUGGGCGAGAUGCUGCGGGGCGGGUCCCCCGUGGUGCUGGACGCGGGCAAGACGUCCCGGUUCGGCGUGCUGCCCAAGUACGCGCGCGACGCGUCGGAGAUGGCGUGGGUGGACGUGCCGGACUGCUUCUGCUUCCACCUGUGGAACGCGUGGGAGGAUGCCGGCACCGGGGAGGUGGUGGUGGUCGGGUCCUGCAUGACCCCCGCCGACUCCAUCUUCAACGACGCCGACGACGGGCGCCAGCUGCAGAGCGUGCUGACGGAGAUCAGGCUCGACACGCGCACGGGCGCGUCGACGCGGCGCGCCGUGCUGCCGGCGUCGGCGCAGGUGAACCUGGAGGUGGGGAUGGUGAACCGGAACAUGCUGGGGCGGCGGACGCGGUACGCGUACCUGGCCGUGGCGGAGCCGUGGCCCAAGGUGUCCGGGUUCGCGAAAGUGGACCUGGGCACGGGCGACGUCGUCCGGUUCGACUACGGCGACGGGCGAUUCGGCGGGGAGCCCUGCUUCGUGCCCGCCGAGGGCGCGGCGCCGCGCGGCGAGGACGACGGGUACAUCCUAUCCCUGGUCCGCGACGAGCGCAAGGGGACGUCGGAGCUCCUGGUGGUGAACGCGGUGGACAUGCGGCUGGAGGCCACGGUGCAGCUCCCCUCCCGCGUGCCCUACGGCUUCCACGGCACCUUCAUCAGCGAGCGGGAGCUGGAGGCCCAGGCCUGAUGACGAGAUUUUCUUGAUUGAUUGCUUGGUUCUUUCUUUACGCUGACGACGACUGAUGAUCGGUCCAUCCCCUCCAUAUCGCUCUGCUCCUCGUCCUCUGGAGCAGGGGAGGGAGGGAGAAGGUUGUUACCAGAGGGAGCCUGAGCCCGUACAUAGGAGGUCCCCGGAGCCUUGUUCCCCAUAUGCAAUGCAAUACUGGCACUCUUCUUGUACCAUGUUUUUUUUAAAAAACAAGCAUGGCUUAGUAUGGCUAGCCAGUGACAGUGAGUAGUAGGGUCAGUCCACAGCACAGCAGAGAGAAGAGAAGGGGGGGCAGCAGCUUGCCAGCUUGUGUUGCACUCGCUGUCACUUUUGUGCUUGUGGGGAGGGUGCCAACUGCCAAAACAGCUGGUGCUCUGUUUCCACCUCCACACUGUGAGUGUGUUUGGAUUGGAGGUGCUGGUAGCACAGGUACAGUAC